AUGAAGAAGGGCGGUGGAAAAAGAAGACGCGAUGAUGAUGACGGCGAAGUUUCGAUUACAGGAGACGAUGAGGACAGCCGAGGUGCAACGGUGAAAGCCGAAGUGCCAAAACCAAAAGAAAAAGAGCCGGAAGUACCUGUGCCGCGCAACGCAAAGCUCACCGAUCUUGACGAUUCACGAAAUGAGAAUGGAACUAAGGUAGAAGCCGAAGGAAAUGUUAUUGAACAAACUCAUUACAUUGUUGUUCCAUCAUAUGCAUCUUGGUUUGACUAUAACGCGAUUCAUCAAAUCGAAAAACGGGCGUUGCCAGAGUUUUUCAAUGGAAAGAACAAAAGCAAAACCCCAGAAGUAUAUCUGGCUUAUCGAAACUUCAUGGUUGACACCUAUAGAUUGAACCCAUUUGAGUAUGUGUCAGCCACUGCGUGCCGUCGGAAUCUUGCGGGAGAUGUUUGUUCCAUAAUGAGACUUCAUCAAUUCCUUGAGCAGUGGGGACUCAUUAAUUACCAAGUUGAUGCCGAAGUGCGCCCGGCGCCUGUUGCACCACCACCAACUUCGCACUUUAUGGUUCUCGCCGAUACACCCACUGGAGUACAGCCAAUUAAUCCGCUUUCUUCGGCUUUCUCUACUUCUGCUCCAGAAGUGAAGAAAGAGGUGAAGGAUAUCAAGACAGAGCCAGUUGAUGGGCUAGCCGAAAAUGGAUUGAAGCUUGAUCAAUAUCAAAAGCAGCUUUCCGCAAUGAAGUCGAAGGGAUCCCUUCCUGGAAGAGAAUGGACAGAUCAGGAAACAUUGUUGCUUUUGGAAGCCUUGGAAAUGUUCAAGGAUGACUGGAAUAAGGUGUCUGAUCACGUUGGAACUCGAACACAAAACGAAUGCGUUAUGAAAUUCCUUCAACUCCCAAUUCAAGAUCCUUAUUUGUCUGUUGACGAUGAUAACGGAACUCCUUCCGCCCAGGAUGCUCUUGGAGCUCUUGCGUUCCAGCCAGUUCCGUUCUCACAAUCUGGAAACCCAAUCAUGUCAACUGUCGCGUUUUUGGCUUCUGUUGUCGAUCCAUCUGUGGCUUCAGCGGCUACUAAGGCGGCUAUGGAACAAUACGCGAAAUUGAAAGAAGAGAUUCCACCACUUGUGGUUGAAGCUCAUACAAAGAAUGUAGCUGCAAUCGCCGAGAAGACUGGAAAAGUCGAUGGAAAUGUUGGACUUAUCAAGGCUGGAAUUGAUCAAAUCGAAGAGGAGAAGAAAGAGGAAAAACAGGAAAAUGAGGAUGAGAAAAUGGACACUUCUGAUGGAACUGAAGCGAAACCUGACGAGAAUACUGAAGAGGAAAAGAAGGCAGACGUUCAACCAGAGGAAGAAGAAGAUGAGGAGAAUAAGGAAGUUGCACCAGAAAGAGUUAAGGAAGCGAUUUCUGCAAAUGUUCAAGCGGCUUCUGCCGCUGCUCUCGCUGCAGCUGCUGUUAAAGCGAAGCAUUUGGCUCAAAUUGAAGAGCGAAGAAUUAAAUCGCUGGUUGCGCAACUCGUCGAAACUCAAAUGAAGAAACUUGAAAUGAAGUUGCGUCAUUUCGAUGAGCUUGAGCAAAUUAUGGAUAAGGAGCGUGAAUCAUUGGAAUAUCAGAGACAUCAGUUGAUCCUUGAGCGACAGGCGUUCCAUAUGGAUCAGCUCAAAUAUUUGGAGAAUCGUGCCAAGCAUGAAGCUCAUACCAAGUUGACAUCCGCUGGAACGCUUCCUGCGGGUCUUCCACCAGGCUUCGAAGUCACUGGACCACCACAGCCAACUCCGCAACUUCAAGUCUCGGCUCCAUCGAAUGAAAAAGCUUCAGACCAACCUGAGAAAUCUGAAGAACCAGCUCGUGCUGCGCCACCACCAUCUACUGCACCACCUUCACAUCAGCCACACACUCCUGGAGCGCCGCAGGUUUCGCAGCCACCUCCGCAGCAGCCACCCGCACAAAUGCAGCCGGCUCCUCCCCAACCACCACAAGGAUAUCCCGGAGGACCACCACCGCAAGGAGGAUACGGGCCACCGCCCCAAAACUAUGGCCAACCACCAGCGCGUUACCCACAACCACAAGGACAACAACCGGGAUACCCAGGAUAUCCUCCACAGCCACAUGGAUAUCCAGCUCAACCUGGAUAUUAUCCACCACCAGGACAGCCACAAGGCUAUCCUCCUCACCCUGGAGCAAGCUAUCCACCGCAACAACGACCACCGUAUCAGGGUCAACCUUAUCCUCAACCAGGAGCUCGCCCUGGUGGCUAUGGUUAUCCUCCUCAACAACCAGGACAUCCAUAUCCACCAGCACCGGGACAGUACGGCGGAAUGGUUCCUGGGGGAUAUCCUCCGCAACAACCGCACGGUGAGGAUCAGAUGGGUCAACCCGAAAAGCAAGAGUAA